AUGGUUUAUGGCAGGAGCAUCGCUGUGGGCGUCUGCCUGAUGACCAUCGUCAUGCUGCUCUCCGCUCUGAUAUUCUACUUGAGUCUGGGACCCUGCCCUUCGGGCAGCUUCGCCUGCGACAAUGGCACCCUCUGUGUGCCACAGCGUCAGAUGUGCGAUAAUCGUCCCGACUGUGCCGAUGGCAGCGAUGAGCAUCCAGUGGAGUGCGGCCUGCUCUAUGGCAGCAAGGAGAUUGCCGAUAAAAUUGUGCGUAAUGCGAUUGAAAAGAAACAGCAGCAGCAGCAACAAAAUCAGUCGAUUGCGAGCACUGUGGAAGCUGCUGUCACGCCAGCGGUGUCAAGGAAUCAGAGCCAGACAAUGAACUGGACUUGUGAUAUCGUCACAUAUCCGCGGACCUGCCGCUGUGGCCAGGGCACCACCCUCUAUUGCGGCAUCUAUGCCAAGCUGCGGCGCUGGCCGCGUAUAAGUGCGGAGGUGACCAACCUGAUCAUCAUCCGCAACAAUCUGACACUCAGGGAACAUGUCUUUGCCAAUCUAACGCGUCUACAAAAACUAACCCUAAAAUUCAACAACAUAUCACGUGUGCCCGUGGGCACUUUCGGUGGCUUGACGCAACUGGAACGCCUCGAGUUGAGUCACAAUAAUAUCAGUCAUCUGCCACACGGCCUCUUCGCCGAGCUGCACUCCCUCCAGUGGCUCUUCCUGGUCAACAAUCAUCUGCAUCAUUUUCCCAUGGAGCAACUAAGGUCCGUCCAUCGCCUGGAAUGGCUGGUCCUCAGCCGGAAUCGCCUCACUUUGCGCAAUAUGCAGUUGCCGAAUAUUUCCUCGCUUUACGAAGUCUACUUGGAUUACAAUCGAAUCGAAUACGUUGGCGAGCAAACUUUUGCGCAAUUGGAUAAUUUACAUUUGCUGGACCUGCAGCACAACAUCAUCAGCCACAUACACGGACGAGCGUUUGCCAAUUUGGAAAAUAUUCGGGAUAUCCGCCUUGUCGGCAAUCCCAUUAAGGAAUUAUCUGGAGAAACAUUUCUGCACAACACUCGACUGGAGGCACUCUCCCUGGCCCAGAUGCCGCUCCACAUCCAUCGCAGCCUGAUGCAGCCGCUGAACAUUUCGUUCCUAAAUCUGACGGGCAUCCGCUACGACCACAUUGACUUUGCGGCCAUCAAUGGCAUGCGGAAUCUCACGUACAUCAUUUACGAUCGUUUCUUCUACUGCUCCAUGACGCCUCGCGUGCGUAUGUGCAAGCCAUCGACGGAUGGCGUGAGCUCCUUCAAGGAUCUGCUGAGCAAGCCGGUGCUGCGCUACUCUGCCUGGGUGAUGGCCACGCUAACCAUCGCCGGCAAUGUGCUGGUGCUCUGGGGACGCUUCAUCUAUCGGGACGAGAACAUGGCCGUGACGAUGGUCAUACGAAAUCUGGCCUUGGCUGACAUGCUGAUGGGCUUUUAUCUGAUCACCAUUGGCAUACAGGACUAUCGAUACAGGAACGAGUAUUACAAAGUGGUCCUGGACUGGGUUAGCUCGUGGCAGUGCGUGGCCAUUGGCACGCUGGCGGUCAGCUCCUCGGAGGUCUCGAUGCUCAUUCUGGCCUUCAUGUCGCUGGAACGUUUCCUGCUCAUUGCGGAUCCCUUUCGCGGCCAUCGCAGCAUCAGUGUGCGCAUCAUGUGCUUCGCCCUGUUCUGCAUUUGGGUGACGGGCGUGGGGCUGGCAGUCGCACCCGUCGUGCUCUGGCAUUCGAGCACCAGGUUCUAUGGCGCUCACUCCGGCACCUGUUUCCCGCUGCACAUACACGAGGCCUAUCCCGUGGGCUGGCAGUACUCGGCGUUUGUAUUUCUGGGCGUCAAUCUGCUGCUGCUCGUGAUGAUCGCGCUGCUGUAUACGGCGCUGCUGAUCUCCAUUUGGCGCACGAGGAGUGCCACACCGCUGUCGCUGCUGGACUGCGAGUUUGCGGUGCGUUUCUUCUUCAUUGUGCUGACGGAUGUGCUGUGCUGGGUGCCCAUUAUCGUCAUGAAGAUCUGGGUGUUCUUCAACUAUAAUAUCUCGGACGAUAUCUACGCCUGGCUGGUCGUCUUCGUGCUGCCCCUCAACUCAGCCGUCAAUCCGCUGCUGUACACCUUCACCACGCCCAAGUAUCGCAAUCAGAUCUUUCUGCGUGGCUGGAAGAAGAUUACAUCACGCAAGCGGGCCGAAACUGCGAAUGGUAAUGCAGGCACCAUCACCACAGGCACGGCCACGGGCUCCUCGCAGCAGCCGGAAGAGUCCACUGCAAUUGCCAAGUCCAUGCCGCUGGCCCUGACGCUGGCAAACUAA